AUGAGCAUCGAUGAAAUCAGCCAUCACCCAAUUCUCUUUGCGAUCUUGGUCCAGAUGGGAUGUGGGCACAUGAUUCUGGAUUUUGCAAAGUUUAUCAAGGACGACAGCCUUGCGGAAACACUGAAUUACGACCGCAUCAUCGACAGACUCAAGGAGGUCUUCAUAGGCCCGCCUGAAAAGUACAAGAAGGGGGGAUUCGAAGCUGUGACGAGAGACUUCGAUAAUCGAAGGUGGGCUUUUUGUCCCGCCAUGAAUAUCCUUCAGAUGACGGAGGCACACAUCGAAGAGAACCACAUCCUUCCUGUGUUUUCUUCAAAAGCAAUCAACGAGAAAGGUGGAACAGCGAAUGUGCGGCACUUCAAGACCCAAGACGAUCUCGUAGGCGACUUUGGGUUCAAGGCGGCAUUGAAACGGUCAGAAACUCCCGACCCAGACUUUGGAAAUUACUACGAAUUCGCUGUCAAAACCUUUGACCCAGACAUCAUGCUUGAGUUCGGAGAGUUUGAUCUGGACGAGUAUUUGGCAGCGAAAUACCCACCCGUGCUGAAUGGAGAGUUCAUUGCAUUUUGGAAGAGCAUCUUUCAGGUGGCUGAGACCUUGCAGCGGAUACACGAGCUCAAGUCUGAAGGAGCCGACGGCAAUAUGCAAAUCUUCUCAGGAUGGCAUGGCGACAUCAAGCUUGACAAUAUUCUGCGGGUUGGAAAUGUUUUCAAGCUUGCUGACUUCGGUUUUACGAAGUUCAAGAAGAAUGAAAACUCAGGGCCUGAUGCUGCACACAUGCUAGGUGGAACACUGGCUUAUGGUUCUCCAGAGCGAGACAAAGCGUAUAGAGAAAAGAAACCCACUCUUCAUCUACAAACGAUUGACACGUAG